CGCCUGUGGUCCAGGAUGGGCUGGCGGCGGGUCCCAGUCUGCGGGCUGGUGCUGCGGAGGGCGGGCGAUGGUUGGUUGGACUGAAACGAGCCCGGACGGGUUGCGGAGCUGGAGGGGGUGGCAGUGAGCGGCGGCGGAGGCUGUGGGGUUCCAUUUGGCUGACUGGGGAGUCGGCAGGCGGCAGGUGUGCCUCAUCUUGGAUUUGCGGUGCACCCAAGUGGUGUGAUGUAAGUAGGAUUUCUGCAGGCUCAGAGCCUCCGGCCCCUACCCCGUGUGAUCUGGUUGGGACGCCGGCACCAGCCAUUCUGCAGAGAAGUGAAGUGACCUCCCUACUUCCCACAGCUGGUGACUGGCCCAGGUGGGCCUCAUCCUAGGUCUUCGCCUCCUCCUCCCUGGUGGGCUAGGGAGGGCCGGGACCGGGCUGGCUCCUCCCAAUGGUGUGCUCUCCUAGGAGCCAUGCGGGGCCCGCGGAGCCUGCUGCUGGGGCCCGCCCGCCGCUGCCUGCGCCUGCUUCUGCUCCUGGGCUCCAGGCGCCGCCGCCUGCCUCUGCUCCGGGGCCUGGUACAGCGCUGGCGCUACGGCAAGGUCUGCCUGCGCUCCCUGCUCUACAACUCCUUUGGGGGCAGUGACACCGCUGUCGAUGCUGCCUUUGAGCCUAUCUACUGGCUGGUGGACAACGUGAUCCGCUGGUGUGGGGUGGUGUUUGUGGUGCUGGUGAUUGUGCUGACCAGCUCCAUCGUGGCCAUCGCCUAUCUGUGUGUCCUGCCUCUCAUCCUCCGAACGUACUCAGUGCCACGGCUCUGCUGGCACUUCUUCUACAGCCACUGGAAUCUGAUCCUUAUCGUCUUCCAUUACUACCAGGCCAUCACCACUCCACCUGGAUACCCACCCCAGGGCAGGAAUGAUAUUGCAACAGUCUCCAUCUGUAAGAAGUGCAUUUACCCCAAGCCAGCCCGAACACACCACUGCAGCAUCUGCAAUAGGUGUGUGCUGAAGAUGGAUCAUCACUGCCCCUGGCUAAACAACUGUGUGGGCCACUAUAACCAUCGGUACUUCUUCUCUUUCUGCUUUUUCAUGACGCUGGGCUGUGUCUACUGCAGCUACGGGAGUUGGGACCUUUUCCGGGAAGCUUAUGCUGCCAUCGAGAAAAUGAAACAGCUCGACAAGAACAAACUACAGGCGGUUGCCAACCAGACUUAUCACCAGACCCCACCACCCACCUUCUCCUUCCGAGAAAGGGUGACUCACAAGAGUCUUGUCUACCUCUGGUUCCUGUGCAGUUCCGUAGCACUUGCCUUGGGUGCCCUAACUGUAUGGCAUGCUGUUCUCAUCAGUCGAGGUGAGACUAGUAUCGAAAGGCACAUCAACAAGAAGGAGAGACAUCGGCUGCAGGCCAAGGGCAGAGUUUUUAGGAAUCAUUACAACUACGGCUGCUUGGACAACUGGAAGGUAUUCCUGGGUGUGGACACAGGAAGGCACUGGCUUACUCGGGUGCUGUUACCUUCCAGUCAUCUGCCCCAUGGGAAUGGAAUGAGCUGGGACCCCCCUCCCUGGGUGACUGCUCACUCAGCCUCUGUGAUGGCAGUGUGAGCUGGAUUGUGUCAGCCACAGCUUGAGCACCACUCUGCUUCCUGCAUUGUCUCAAGGGCCUCCAAGGAUAGCUUCUUGGAAUCCUUGGGCAAAAAAAGUCAGUGGGCCUGCCGUAGAGUACCAUGCAGGGACAACUCAAGGACCAGUCUCCUGGCUAUUGCAGAAACAAGGCAUGAUGUGGAAAAAUCCUAGGACUGAUGUACCUUGACUCAGCUCAGGCAAACUGAAGUUCCAGCCCCAGACUGGAGAUUAGGCAGCUAGCAACCCUGCCAGGUGCUGACCCCAACCUCCUCCAGGUUCCAGCACUGGGGUUGGCCACCACCUCUGCCACUUGCUAUCUGAGAAAACACCUGAACAGUAGAACGGAGAUUCUGGCUUCCCAACAGGGCAAGACACCAGGCCUACUGCUGAGGUCACUGCCACUUCUCACAUGCUGCUGAAGGUGAAAAAUAAAGGUAUUUGAUUUUUAAA